AACAUGUAAGCUUAACCACCGCUGGCUCGUCCUCUUCGCUUUCUUGUUUUCGGCCAUAGUAGAAUUCUCCUGUGAAGAAAACAAACCAUGGCUCGUAACCAAGAAAUGGCAGUGGGACUCCACAAGGGUCACAAAACCACGAAAACAGUGCAGAACCCGAGACCAUCCAGAAGGAAAGGAGCUGGUAACAAAAGGGUAAAAUUCAUCCGUGAUCUUGUGCGUGAAGUUGUUGGAUUUACUCCUUAUGAGAAACGUUGCAUGGAGUUGAUCAGAAUCCGCAAAGAUAAAAGGGCUCUGAAAUUUGUCAAGAAGAGGCUGGGAACCCACACCCGUGGAAAGAGAAAGCGUGAAGAAAUGCAAAGUGUCAUUGCUGCAAUGAGGAAACAACAACAACAUUAAAUUGUUAAUAAAAGUCUCUUUUCUCUGGA